UGCUCUGUGCGCCGAGGUUUAGGAACGUACAUGUCUAACUUAACCUGGACACAUACAUGUCUAAAAAUAACUACUAACUAACAUAUUUUUUUAAAAGCUAAAAUAUGAUACUAUAGUAAAGCAACAGUUGUUAUCAUACAGAACAAAACGUUAACCAAACCGAAGUGACUGCUGAGUCAGAUGCAUCUAACGUUACGGAAAUAAAGGGAAACAACGCAGAUUUUCAAACACGGGAAAAGCUGCAGAAAUGGAGGACGACGCAGCCGAUAUGGCGUCUGACAACAGUAUACCAUUGGGUGUCGGGGCUUCCGCAUAUGGGAGUGAGAAUGGAGAAGAAGAGCUUGACAUCAUCCCUCAACGGACACUGCCUUUUGUCCUCGGAUACUCAGAACCUGUGGGACACGUGGAGAGAGCAGAGUCACCCGCUUUAAGCUAUUCUUCCUGGCACAGCAACCAGUGGUCAGAUUCAGAUACAUGGCAAGAACCAUGUGAAACAAAGGUUCAUUUGGAAAGGCGAGACUCAUCUGCCUCUAGCAGUGUCUCCUUUGAUGUUUCUGAUGAUGAUGAUGUUAAUAUGGAGGACAAUGUAGAAGAAAGCUCAAGGAAGAAAACCAGGUCAAAAGAUCGAGGCCAAAAACAACAAAGUGCUCCUGUACCUGUGAAACCAGAGUUACAAGUAGACCCAGAAGCAAGACACCCGGCGAUGACAGUGGAAUUUGCCUUCAAGGCCCUCUCAACCUGCCUACAGAAACUCACAGUAGAUGAAUUGAAGCGCUUCAGGAAACUGCUUUGGGAGAGAUAUCCUGAGAUCUUUCGUGAUCCCCUGGAUGGACUUGAUCUCGUGAAUCUGGUGGAUAAAAUGCUGGAGCUCUGUGAUCUUGAGGUGUCCCUGAAUAUAACGCUUGUGCUCCUGAAAACCAUGAACUUAAAGAGGCUGGUCGAAUAUCUGGAAGGACUAUGCAAGAGAAUUAAAGUGCGCUACGAGUUGAAAUUGACUCUUAAGAGGAAGUUCGAGAUGGUACAUGAGGGUUUUGGCCAACAAGGACAGCCAGUCCGCUUUGAAUCUGUCUAUACAGAUCUUUACAUCUCAGAUGGCAUUAAUGCAGCCGUGAAUACCGAGCAUGAGUUCAGACCAAAGGUUGAAGACCUUGCCGAGACUGGCAAAGUGAACAGAAAGCCGUUAUCAUCAAAGGACAUAUUGGCACCGGAAAAUAGAAGGAUGAGACAUGUGAGGUCAGUGCUAGCCAAGGGAAGCCCCGGAUGUGGAAAAUCAUUAGCAGUUCAGCACUUCAUCCUCGACUGGGUGGAUGGAAAAACACACCAAGACAUUUUCUUCCUCCUGCCUCUGCACUUCAGAGAACUAAACCAAAUGCAAGAUGAAGAAUACACCCUGUUGAGUUUAAUAAACGCACUCUAUCCAGAAAUGAAAGAGGUGGAGACUCUCGAUUUUGAGGGCUGCCCGGUUAUGUUCAUAUGCGACGGCUUGGAUGACAGUCACAUCAACUUCGAAUUCCGCAAGACCGUGUAUUGGUGCGACUCGAAUAGGCCCACGACCGUGCAGGUGUUGAUCACCAACCUCAUCAGGGGUAAUCUGCUCUAUAACUGCUCUGUCUUGGUCAUUUCCAGGCCGGGAGCUCUCGACGCGAUCCCACCGGAACACGUCCACCAGCUCCUGGAGGUACGCGGCUUCAACAACGACCAGAGAGAGGCUUAUUUCAGGAGAACGAUUGAAAACCAAGCCCUGGCUGAGAGAGUGAUCGACCACCUUAAGGCUUCCAAGACGCUGUACAUUAUGUGCCACCUGCCAUUGUUCUGCUGGGUGGCAUCGAAAGUGCUUCAGCAACAGUUUCAGACUCUUCCGCCAUCAGCCAAGCUGCCAAAAACUCUUACCAAUCUCUACACCAGCAUGCUGCAUUUUCACACUCAAAUGUGCAUUCAAAAACUGCAGAACAGCCCAUCUGAAGAGACCAAAGAUGUUACCGCGAACAAACUGCUCAUUAAGCUCACAAAGCUGGCAUACAUCAUGCUGGAAAAGGACCAGUUUAAGAUGGAGAAAGAGCACUUGGAAGAGAUCGAUAUGGACACUUACCCCGCCGUGGUGUGCAGCGGCCUCUGCUCCGAGUAUUACAGAGAUAAAUUUGUGAUGUACACGGAGAGGGUGAGCUGCUUUACCCAUCCGACCAUUCAGGAAUACAUGGCCGCUCUUCACGUCUUCUACUGUUUCAGAAAACUAGGGAAGAACGUUCUGGAGUCCAGCAAGUUGAAGGUCUUGAAGGUUUCUUUGUCAGAUCUGCUCAAGAGUGCAGUGGACAAGGUGUUAUCCUGCAAGAACAGCAACUUUGACAUUUUUCUGCGCUUUCUGCUGGGUUUGUCAGUGGAGGCCAACCAGGAGCUGCUCAAGGACCUCCUGCCGAUAUCUACUAGUUCCAGCCAGCAUGCGCGGGAGGAGACGGCACGCUACAUUAAAAAGAAAAUCAAAGAAAAUCACUACCCGGAGAAAAAUGAAAACCUUUGGCGGUGCAUUGAUGAACUAAACCCCCAAUUGCAGCGCUGACUUGUUAAAAAGAGAGAGUGUUUGAAUGCCACUUGUUGAAUCUCAUGUUGAAGUUUGGAGAGUAAUGGUGUUGCAUUGUUUUAUACCAGAAAAAGGUGUUGGGGGGAAAAAGAGCCGCGUGUACUGUAGUGGAACUUACUGUUACUCCUGCUUUUUGUAUUAAACACAUGAAAAACAUAUUAUAAUUUAUACUUUUUUUUCUUUUACAAAAUUAUAGUGAGAAUGUUGGUGCAUAAAAUAUGUAAGUAUGUUAAAAUUGUCUUAUUUGAACCACAAAAAUAAAAUGUUUUUUGUGUGCUUCAAAUACUGUCUGUUGAAAUCUGAUGCAUAAACAAUCUUUGUAAUAUUGACAAAUUCACAGAAAUAAAAGUUAAUACGGUGUAUUUACCAAAUACAUAUU